AGGUGGGGGCACAGACUCGGGACAGCACGCGGAGGGAAUAGCAGCCCAGUCGGCCCCUGCUCUCCGGACGAACCCGAGCUGUUCUUCACACUUCGGCCCGGUGCGCGAUGUCGGAACUCUCCGUCAGUGACCACCUGGAGGGGAUCUUAUCCGACUUUGAAGCUCUGAAGAGAUCCUUUGACAUCGAAGAUGUUGACGACAUACCAUCCUUCUCUACAGCAUCAGCUGUCUCCACCCCAGUUUCCCCCUCUUCUGCCCACUUCUUCCUCCACCACAACAAAGGCAGUGAGGAGCUGGGAGGGGGUGGCCAUUCCCCUUCAGUAGCCUACAAUAACAACAACAACGGCAGCCUGGGCCCCCCAGCCCACCACCGCGGGGGUGGUUCCAUUCCAAGCCCAGUGCUCAAGUCCCGAGCUGUGAUCAGCAGCCGAUCCUUCAACAGAGGGACAAUGAACAAGUCGGCCAGUCAGAACAACGGCUCUGCAGUAUCCAGAGCAGCAUCCUUCCAGAGCAGGUCCAACCCCAGUGGUUACUCCAUUUUGUGUGGGCCAGGCAGUGACAACGACAGCCUCCACAGCUCCACGUCCAGCCUGGAGUACUCUGGGGGAGGUGGGAGUGCCCUACCUUCUACUAAGCUGGGGGCAUAUUUUAGUCCUCCACUUCGGGGGGAGUACCACCGCACACAGCCCCAGGUUCCACAACAACCCAGACAAGGGGGUGCCAACUUGGGAAACAACCCCCACUUAAAGAAGUUCUCCUACCAUUCAAGUGUUUUCCACUCUGAGAUGGACCAGGGGCCAGGCAUGAUUCUGGGCGUACCAGAGCGUUGCGGGGAAAACCAUGGCUCCAUCACCAGCCUAGACCUCCAAAGUUGUGAUGGAGGGGGAGGAAUGGUCGGCAUGCAAAACGUUGAAAAUGGAGGAUGGAUGUCUCCGGGGUUAGGGCAUACCAAUGCUAACUGGAAUAGUUGUCUAAAUAAUGCCAGUGGCUUUGGGGAGGAGGGAUACAGUGGCUCCAAAAAACACUACCAACCAGUAGAGACCCGGGUCCUGAAGACUCCCCAGCCGAAGACCAAAGAGCCUUCGCGUCUCAACAAGUUUCCCUUAGAUCUGGACAGCUUGGUAAGCAGCACCACAACCACUUCUCCCACCAAGACUCAAGGAGGAUUCCUAAGCCCCAACACCCCCAAGCCUCCCCCAAGGAGUACAGGAGGCCUUCAGCACCACACCAGUUCACCAUCCGCCUCGACCAGCCCUUCAGCCUCUCUGAGCAGUCUGGAUGGUGCUUCUGACACCCCUCCCCUCUCCCUCCACCAUCCUUUUUUCCCUGUCUCCCCACGUUCUGUACCGCAAUUAGAGGGAUCAAUCCCUUCCUCAGAGAUCUGCUCCCAAGGGCCCCUUUCUCCUGCUGAGAGCCCCCAGCAGAAGAGUCUCUCAGGGCCCAAAGUUGCUGAGGUGGUCCCCUUCCUGCCUCCUUCCAGCCCCUUCAGCCCCAGAGCCAUUUGGUCCGUGGCGGAUAGCCAAGGCGAUGGCAGAGAUAGCGUAGGCUCAAUCUUACAGAGGAUCGCUUCCUUCUCCCAGCAUGCUGUUACUGAUACCACCCCAGCAGCAUUGACCCAAGCCCCAACAGUUCAAAGCAAUGGUGGGUUGUCAUCUGAAGUUGGCUGUCCAGCUGUAACCAUCCUCAAAGAAGGGAGGAAACCUCAAGAGACUGCUGCACAGCUGGAUACGCACCUGCACAGCCCAAUGGAGGAGAGACAGGAGAAGGAGACGGGCAUCAUGGGACAAGAGCAAGAAGAUCAGAUCAAGUGCCAAGAACAACCGGCCAGUGUGAAGACGCAGAAUUCUAAUACGGCGAAAGAGGAGAAGGGAAUGGAGCAGGAGGAAAUGAGGAAAGAAAUAGGGUUGGAGAUGGACCUGGAGGCCCAGGAGAAGGUGGAGCUGUGCCGGUCUGUGCCAGCAGACCUGCAGAUGAGCUACAUCCAAGGCACUGACCUGUUUGGCUACGUGGGUAUUGAGGCGGUGCUGGACCAGAUGAGGCGCAAGACCAUUAAAGCCGGCCUGGAGUUUAACAUCAUGGUGGUUGGUCAGAGCGGUUUGGGUAAAUCCACGCUGGUCAACACUCUGUUCAAGUCCAAAGUCAGCCGGAAGUCCUGCACGCCCAACUACGAAGAAAAAAUCUCCAAAACAGUCAAGCUGCACUCAGUCAGCCAUGUGAUCGAGGAGAAGGGUGUGAAGAUGAAGCUGACUGUGAUUGACACUCCAGGGUUUGGAGAUCAGAUCAACAAUGACAACUGCUGGGAUCCCAUAGUGAAGCACAUCAACGAGCAGUACGAGAAGUACCUGAGAGAGGAGAUCAACAUCAACCGCAAGAGGAGAAUACCAGACAGCCGCGUCCACUGCUGCAUCUACUUCCUUCCUGCCACAGGACACAGGUUACGCCCCAUCGAUGUGGAGUUCAUGAAGAGGUUGGGGAAGAUAGUGAGCAUCGUACCUGUCAUCGCCAAAGCCGACACGCUCACCAUCGAGGAAAGACACGAGUUCAAAGAGAGGAUAAGGGAAGACUUGACCGUCAAUGGGAUUGAUGUCUACCCCCAGAGGGAGUAUGAUGAAGACCCCGAGGAGCGCGUCCUCAAUGACCGAAUCCGGGAGAGCCUUCCCUUCGCUGUGGUGGGAACAGACAAGGAGCACCAAGUGAAUGGAAACAAGGUGUUGGGCCGUAAGACAAAGUGGGGAAUCAUUGAAGUGGAAAACGUGGCGCACUGUGAGUUCGCCAACCUGAGAGAUCUCCUCAUCAGGUCUCACCUGCAGGACCUGAAAGACGUAACACACGACGUCCACUAUGAGACCUACCGCGUCCGUCGGCUCAAUGAGAGCAACGUGGACUUCAGCGACCUGAGCCGGUCCGCCCGGCCGCUGGAGAACGGGUGUGCUGACAAAUGUGAAUCAGACAGCCACCUCUGAUCUCCCACCUUCCUGCUUAUCCUGCUCGCCCAAUCACAAUGACAGAGUGAUGGAGAUUCUUUUCUUUUAAGGGACAAACCACCAAAUGUAUUGUUAUUACAUGAGAAAUUAAGUUACAACACAUACAGAAUGCAUCAAAUAGGGAUAGGCAUGAAACCAUUGUUCAUAUAUAUAUUUCGGGAAGCAUGGUUACAAAUUGAGAGAGCCGGAGGGAAGGCAAGGGGAAACCAAUACGUCUCACAAUGGUUGCUAAGCAUCUUGUUACCAGCUACACACAUCUUACAAUUUAUGGACAGAAGUGUGUGGACAAACCUUUCCGUUCAGUGUCGGCCCAGUGAUGCUCGGAGCAGACAGCUUCAACAUCUCCAAAGCAGGACGUUAGAGCCCAAUUAAUCGUCUUCAUAUUGCAGAUGUUUGUCCAUACAGAUGCUGUACAUGUGAGGGACACAGAACCCACGUGUUUGACAAACCUUUUGCAUAAAGAUGCUGGUACACAUUUAAGUGCCAAACCAACAGAACACGCUUCAUUCAUCCAUCCCUUUGGGGAAGCUGUGGAGGAAUUGGAUCUGCUUAUUGCUUGUUAACUUGUUAUGACAUCAUGGGUUGCGUUAGGUUGAUUAGUAGCACAAACUCAUGAACAAAGCUCAUGAAAAGUCAUAUGCUGAAGGUCUGGCUAUUGAUCAUGAUCAAGUCUGACUCUCACUGAGGCAGAUCUGGUUAAGGACAGGAUAAUCGAUGCCGAAAUAUGAACCAGCGUUUAGAAUCAGUGGUGAUUUUCAAUGUUUCAGAUUCUAGCUGCAUUGGACAGGCGUCCGGUUCGUUAUAGCAGUCAGAUAAUAUACACAUAUAUGUUCUAAUUUGAUUUUCUUGCUAAACCAAUCCAUGCAAGAAUCCAGCCAAUUAAACAUUUGCCAGUGUGUAGUGCGCCUCCAACACCACUGGUGUCUGAACCCUAAUGCAUAACGCUGUAGAUUUUCUCAUCAAUGCAAAGAGCGUCUCCGGCCCGCAUCAAUGAAAAGAGUUGAUAUUGUGGAUACAACAGUUACAAUAAUGCUAAUGAUAAACCUCGUGACCCCGCUGCUCUGAAUCAUGGGAGAUGCUUUAGGCCCCAUUUGUACAGCUGAUCAGAUCUUGCGUUCCCUGUUCCCAACUUUAAGCCUUUAGACAGGAACUGUUGGCCUCACCCCCACAGUCCUGGACACCCCCCUGCAAGAGUAGCAGACUUUUCGCACUGCUUCUCAGGUGCACAGUUAGAACGUGUGAUGUGUUGCCAGAGAUGUCCUUGUGUACCGACACAUCUUGGAGCAGACCUGUCCAAUUAAGACCAUUUCAAUUCAAAGACCAACUCAAGCAAAGAUAGUAGCAUGAUAGCACCAAACAAAAGUAAAUGUGACGUUUGGACGUUGUUCAUUGACGGAUGGUAUUUGUCUGAGGUCACCCAGACCUCCACGUAGAACCUUCAGGACCAGACGCCAACCACAGACUGUCCAUGGUACGAUAACAGAGCUGCUGUAUUUAUCACUAUGGGACGUCAUUCAGUGUUGAAGAUGGAGAUACCAUGUUAGCAUGGCCUAGCGCUGAUUGAUCGAAGAGACAAGCAUCUUGGAAGUUGUUUGCCAAAUGUCCUUCUGACAGAUGAAUUGAGACUAUUUACAAAUCUGCCUGAUAUCCUACACAUUAUUGUGAUUGCAACGAAAUCUCAUCAUAUUGUGUUGACGUGCUGUGGUGAAGCAGAUGAAUUCAGCCAGCCUGUGGUUGAAUACAGAGCGAAUUGACUGGAGCUGUGAACAUGUGGCCUUUUGGUGGGACCACAGCAAACUGCACCAACAUGAUGAGAAGUUAAACCACUGGAGAGCCUCACCAACAAGAACUUCUCGUAUGACAUUUGAGCGACCGCAAAUAAGUGCCUCUGUCACCUAAAGGACUGCUUGUUCUCAGUAGGCUGAAGGUUCCUCCCAUCUCCUCAGACAGUCACACACAGAUGUAUCUGGAGAAGUACCUCAAGGGUUGGCCUUUAGCAUUGGAACCACUGGACCAUCCAUCACAAAGGGAAAGGAGAUCAUUCCAUCCCUCAAUUCCUUGUGGCGGCGAUACUCAAAUAGUGACGUAUCAUUCACGAGAAAUAAAGAUCCUGAUAAUCUAGUUUUGCGCCGCUGACUGACGUCACUAACUUGCGUCGCAUCGGAGCUCCGUAGCUCAGUGGGAGCGGGUUGAUUCCCUACACGGCAGUUGUCUUUUCCUAACUCCUCAUGAACUCUCCUAACCUCCAUUUCAACUCCUGCACUUGACUUCCUGUGCUGGGGUCAUACACUCCUGCCACCAGAGGUCGGCGUUGCAUUGUGGGAGUGGUACGGGUGAUAAACCAUGUGAACUACUAGUAGUUGCUGCAUGCCCGUUUUAACCCAUGAGGCUGCUCAUGUUCCAGGAAAGUCUUUUCUGCAGCGCGUUGAUGCUUAAGGCGUCUCUGUACUCGACGCUGAGCGGGUGUAUGAAGUUGGACCAUCUGUGCCUUGGUCAUCAUGAUUGGUGAAAACGUUCCCCGCUAACUCGCCAGCUAUCACGAAAUAAAUAAAUAACCCCAAUAUGCUGCAGUGUGUAUUAUGUACAGCUCCAUGUGAAAAGGUGUAGCAGGAUUCCCACACACACAAACAUGGUUCAUGCUGAGAUGGCAACGGGUGACUUGUUCCUCUGUGACUUUACUGCUCAUUCUUAGUGCUAACAUGUAGGCAGCUACAGUGUGAACCUUUACUCAAAUCAUUAUCGCCACUUCAACAUUUUCCAAAGAUAGUUUUAGUCUCACCUGAUUUUGAUUACUACCUUUUACUUUUUUCAACCGCUGUCACGGCUCACUGGGAUCAUUCGGAUCGUCUGGCACUGAUUCUCUACAUCCUGAGCCUCUGCGUCAACUUCCUCUCCUCCCCAUUUUAUACACAGCGUGUACCAGUAGUUCCUCCUUCAUUCCUUGUUUUUAUAGUAUUGAUGCACCUGUUAACACUGUUGAUUUACAAAUAAAGAGCUAAACACAC